GUUCGUCCAGCUUCCUCCGCUUCCCCGUCAUAGCUCCCCACAAAGUCUGGCACACUGCCGCCACUCCGCCUCGUGAAUCAUAUACCCUUGGAACUUCGGUUCUCUUUUUUUUUUUUGAAGGAUUAAAGAUCUUUGGAAUUGAUCUCUUGAUUUUCCUCAGACCCUCCAGAUAUACCAUCUUUACCAAUUGCAGGUUGUUUCUGCUUAUUCUCCGGGAUUGUAUACUUCCGCUUCUCCGCAAUUUCGGCUUUCCCUUGCGACAAUCGGAAGAUCUGCGUAACUCGAUUUCCGAGACGGCCAAUUGAAGAAUUUCUGUGAAAUCUUCGUGAACAAAAGUGCACAUUCUCUGCAUAUAUAUCAACACAAAUUGAAAACAAUGUCCGCCAAAACUGCCAAUCAGCGCACAUCGCCCGCGGUCAACUUGAUCGCUGGUGGUGGUGCCGGUAUGAUGGAGGCCCUCGUGUGCCAUCCGCUAGACACAAUCAAGGUCCGCAUGCAGCUUUCAAGGAGAGCCACAGCACCUGGGGUGAGUUCGAGAACAUGCCAUUUGACGGUUGAAGCCAUUGCUAACCAUGUUCGCUGGAUCAGGCUAAGCCACGCGGGUUCGUGGCCACCGUGCAAGGAGACCGCUCUGGGUCUGUACAAGGGUCUUGGUGCCGUGCUGGGUGGUAUCAUCCCGAAGAUGGCCAUUCGAUUCACCUCAUACGAGUCAUAUAAGGGCAUGCUGGCCGAUAAGCAGACAGGCGCCGUGACUAGCAAAGCCACUUUCCUGGCUGGUCUCGCUGCCGGUGUUACCGAAGCCGUAGCCAUCGUCCAACCCCAUGGAAGUCAUCAAAAUUCGUCUGCAGGCUCAGCACCACACGCCCCACACGCGCUUUUCACCGUGAUCAAGGAAGAAGGCUUCAGCGUCCUGUACCGCGGUGUCUCUCUGACAGCCCUCCGACAAGGAACCAAUCAGGCCGCCAACUUCACCGCAUACACGGAACUGAAGGCUGCCCUGCAGCGUUGGCAACCCGACUACAGCAACAGCCAGCUGCCCGCUUACCAGACCACCAUGAUUGGUCUGAUCUCCGGUGCUGUCGGCCCCUUCUCGAACGCUCCCAUCGACACCAUCAAGACCCGCCUCCAGAAGACCCGUGCUGAGCCCGGUCAAUCCGCUGUCUCCCGUAUCAUGGUGAUUGCCAAGGAUAUGUUCAAGACGGAGGGUACUCGCCGCUUUCUACAAGGGUAUCACCCCCGUGUGAUGCGUGUUGCUCCCUGGCCAGGCUGUCACUUUCACCGUGGUAAACUGGAGGGCUCUAACUGGGCUUUCGUUGGUGGCAAGUUCGAGGAGUAA